AAGGAGACCGCUGAGGAUCGCAUACUAAUGAUUUUUUCUGAUGGACAGACGGAUAAUUGGAAAGGCGGAGACGGAGAUGGAAAUUAUGAAAAUUUAAGACGGAAGCAAGUCGUAGAAGCUGAGGCAAUUAGAAAAGCUGGCAUUCGCAUCAUUUACAUAUAUGUAGCAACUUAUGAUGCAUUCCUGGCCAAUGCAAGGAAUGUUGGCGGCUCUGGUCUUGUAUAUGUCGGCGACUACCGUAACUUGCGCAAGUUUGCUGGAGAGACCCUGACGAAAGUUUGCACUCCCGUCGUUUGACAACAAGAUGUUCGAUACGAUA